ACCAGGAUGGCGGUUGAUUUGACGCCGCGGUUUCGACGACUUAACAGCCAAACGCGAAGUUUUCGUGACAAUUUGCACUCUCAUGCAGGUAUCUCUGGUCCUUUUGGUGCCACCCAGCUGUGGCACAACAUCAUCCACGCCCUGCACACCCAGGUGGAGGUGCGUCGCCGCCGGAGGCAUCUGCGCGUCCACGCCGACAGCUUCGCCGGCUCGGACGCGGUGGACGCCGUGCUGAGUUACCUGAUGCAGAACGCCGCCUUUCACGGUGGCGAGGUGUCGCGCCUCACGGCCGCCCGGCUCUGCCAGGCCCUGAUGGAGGCCAGGGUGUUUGAACCGGUGGGCGCCAAGAUCUUUUGCCGGGACAAGGAGGCGACAUUUGAGGAUGGUGGCGGCACCCUGUACCGCUUCUCGGAGUCCAAGGUGCAGGAUUGUAAUAGCGACACUGAGGAGGAAGGGAAGAUGAAGAGGAACAAGCGCUCCAGGUUGAAUGACGUGCAUACAAUCUCCAAUCCUCUCGCUGUGGUACCACCUGACAAGAAGGUGGAGAGGCUCCUGAGGUCCAUCAACCUGCGGCCGUCCCCGCCUUCGACCACGUCCUCCUUCCUGCCUCAGACAGCGGUGGACGAGGUGUGGAAGCAGCAGGCGCUGCUGCAGCUGCUGCAGACGAUGGAGCUGCCCGUGCUCGACGGCAUCCUGGCGUCUCCUGCCAGGGUCCACGAUCGGGCCGGGAGGGCUCCACUGCAGGACCUGGUGAUUCCCAACACGUGCCUGGAGAGAGAGCUGCCAGACGUCCUCAACCUUCCCCAGUGGGACGGGUGGCUUUCAGCCGCCGCCGCCUGCCUGGAGUUCCUCCCCGACCGGCUGAUCGUAGCAGCCGGGGAGCACCUCCGGCGACACGAUGGCGCCGAGCCAUCAGCGCGAGCAAAGCGACUUCUCUUUGACGCUAUCGCCAAGCACUACGACGGGAGGGAAAAGGCACCGCUGCUCUCGGGGCGCUACCUGGACGUGCUCGUCGGCGUUCUCAAGAUGCUCGAAGAAGCGAUGGUGCGCCGCGCCAUCCGAGCCUCUCAGCUGUGCCUGCAUCUGCUGCAUUCGAGCACGCGGGACGAGCUCCGCCGUCUCCUGGCCUUCAUGGCGGCGGCGGCCUGCCCUCGCGCCUGCCGCCUCCAAAAACAAACGGACAACCGCACUGUGGUGUGCCGCGCUUUCCAGAAGGCCGUCGUCCACAGUGCUGAACUGACGAGAGCUCAGAGCGAGACCCUGAUGCAGUUUCUCGUGGACAACCACUCAGACCUCUUUAAGAGUCCUACAUCCCUCGUCGAAGCUGUACACAGGACACUGAGGAGCAUGCGGGAGGGCAAAGAUGCCGACUCCAUCGCCACGAUCGCCUUCUGCGAGCAGGUGACGCCGCAGGAAUACCGCAAGCGGCGCGACCACGCCACGCACGAGAGCCUCAAGCGCCUCCUCCUCCACGUGGCCUCGUCUUCCGUGAGCGGCAGGGAGAAGUGGAGGCGCCUCAAGCGGUUUGAGAAGCAUCACCCGGUGGUCUUCCUCCAGCAUCUCUGCAGCACCAUCUGAACGCAACACAAGUGGAUUUGUCUCGAUGGGAGUUGAUACUUUGUAAUCGUAAUAUUUUUAGUGAUUGUUGUUGAUUGUUUGUCAAAUUCCAGAGGGCUUAUUACCGUUGCUGUUGUUUUUAUAAGCGAUUUAAAUCAAGUUGAUGUGUCGGAAUAUAAUGAAAUAAGCCUCUGCGCACUUGCAUCAUGUAAUAAUGUGCAUGAUUGAAAGAUAGGUUGAAGCCCACUAGUUUUGUGCACUGGAACCAUUUUAAAAGGCACUUUAUUCCACUUAUCGAAUGGUACAUUUGUGGGGAGGGG